CAUAUUUUGAACAUGCACGCUCGUUUUUUUGUUGUUGAGAUGUCUCGCUCAUUUAUAACAUUUCAAUAUCCACUGAUUGGCACAAGUUACGAAAACGCCUGUUUCAGCCUUUUGAAAUUUGGUUUCUCCGGGCCACUGUAUAUUUUUCUCGAAACUUCCUCACGUGACAUCAGUCCAAGUGAAGAUGUCAACAUCGACAACCGAGUACACUUGAAGUUAUUUGACUGAUGUUUUUGUCGUAUUGCUGGAAAUCGGAAGGGAAUGUCGAUGUUGACCACUGCUUGACUGUCACAUAAGAUAGGUUCUGCAUUGCAAAGUACUCUACAUAGCUAACUAACAAGCUAGCUGGUAUUUAACCAGUAUCCUACAAGUUAGCUUCCAUCAUCUCUAUACUGAUGGCUGGAUGUCACAGUGGCCAAUCCACCCUUGUCAACAGCUUGGCCACUCUGCUUCGGAAUCAUGGUACAUCUGUACUGGACGGCAGCAGUACCCUGACUCUACAGGCAGACUCUCUGCAGCACCUAGGUCGUCUGUUUGAGCAGUACCUCCUCUCCAGGACUCACCAACAUGGCUUCCUGGCUCUGCCCUCACACCCUGCUGACACCACCUCCCUACUGCAGCUCCAGUUCCUGUUCGACGUGCUGCAGAAGACUGUCUCCCUCAAGCUCAUCAAUCCACCUGGGUCGAGGCUUCAGUCAGUGGUCAAGAUCUUUCCUUUCAAGUCUCUCAAGUCCUUAGAGUUGAAGCGUAUCCCCCCUCACUGUCUGGAGGACCUGAGGGGAGUCUACUCUCAGUUAGAGGUCUUCGCCUGCUCCAAGAGCCUCAGUUCCCUGGAGGAGCUACUGUCUCUGUGUGGAGGAGACCUCAGCUCUGCACUGCCCUGGCUGGAGCUGCACACCCUCAACUUCAGCUACAACGCUAUAGUCUGCCUGGAUGAGUCACUGAGUUUACUGAAUGUUCUGAAGUCUCUGGAUCUUAGUCACAAUAAAAUCCAGGAGAGUGCUGACUUUCUCAAGCCUCUGAGUGAGCUAGAGCACCUCAACCUGGGCUUUAACAAUCUCCAGAGAGCACCAACGCUGGGCUUGAGCUCCAGAGCCAAACUCCUCACUCUCAUCCUCAGAAACAACGAGCUGGAGACCAUCAACGGAGUGGAGCAGUUGUCAUCCCUACAGCACCUGGACUUGGCUUACAACCUGCUACUGGAUCACUCCCAGCUGGCUCCUCUGUCUAUGCUUCACAGUCUCAACAUGCUGAAUCUUAAGGGCAACCCACUGUUCUUCCAGAAGACCCACAGAACCCGCACUGUCUGCCACCUCUCCCCCAAGGCUGCCUACCUCAGACUCAGACUGGACAGCAGCCCUCUCUCCUCCUCAGAGUUGUCAGUGCUACCCAAACCGGGACAGCUGAUUGGACAGCUCCAGUCCCAGGCCUCACCCUUGAUCACCAGGGCUCCAGAGCGGGGUAACCAGGAAGUAGUGUCCAGCGGGGGCGGGGAGUUGAGUGACAGCCUGUCGGUCAGCGAGGUGGGAGUGACACGACAAUGCAAGAAGAAAGCCAAAAGUAAGGUGAGGGUGAGACGGGCUAGCAUCUCAGAGCCCAGUGACUAUGACUAUGAAUCCAGACCACAGUCCUCUAUACAAGACAUCGUUCUCCCUCACCAGAAGGAGAUUGAACGCAUGGACAGUUUCAGGGACCAACUGGGUGAGGAUUGGCUGCGCUACCAGCAUCACCUAGAGGGGGCGCCAAUCACCACCCUAGACAAGGCGGACAGACCAGCUCCUCCACACCUCAACAACAGUCUCUGUGCCACCCCCUCCCCAACCAACAACAGCCCCAUCCAGGCAAGCCCCGCCACCUUUAAGCCCCCUUCUCCAGAGCUGGAAGUCCCGGAUGUUCUACCCCCACCGCUGCUCUCGUCUGAGCCCAAGGAGGAGGCCUCAGACUGGGAUGCAGAUCUGGAGACAGAGUCCACCCUCCAGUGGCCUGACCACAGCCUCGGGCACACAGAGUCCACCCUGGAGACUACUAUGGCAGAGGGACUGGUUCAGGGGUUAGAGGAGCCACCGGUGACAUCCACGGACACCAGAGAAGAAGAGGAGGAGGACUUGGGAGUUGACCUGUGUCACCCCCUGCUUGUGGGAGUACUAUCAUCAUCUGAAGAGGAGGAGGAGGAGGAUGGACUGAGGAUGAAGAACAGGGCCCAGUGUCCUGUGUUCCUCAGGGUCAAGCCAAGACACGUCCUGGAGGUGGACAUGAGCAGGGGUCAGUUGCAGGCCCGGCUAGAGUUGGACAGUCUGGGGAGGUUCACCAUGUCCCAGGUCACCUGGACUGAGAGGGAGGUGGAGCGAACUCUUCCUGCUGUAGAGCUUCACUUCCGUUACAUCAGCAGAGAGAGGAGGAGGAGACGCUAUGUUAUGCUGGAUGAUGACCCCCAGGAGGCACUGCAGGCACUGACAGAGGUCCUGUCGCGGGUGGUGGAGGAGAAUGAGCGGCGGGUCGUGGAGGGUCGUCCCAGCUGUGUCUGCCUGCAGUGUCUCCGCUGUGGGUCAGAGUUCACACAGCAGGGAGGGAAGGAGCAGGAGGACAGAGGGAGAUUGAGAGGAUGGACAGGACUGGAAGAGCAGGAGGAGAAGAAAAACAAGUGCAGAGAAGAUGGAUUGGGAAGUACCGUCAUCUGUCCUGAGUGUGGUAGUGAUCAUGUGGUCCAGCUGGCUGGCCAAUCGGCUCCCUCCACCAGUACGCCCGUCCAUGGUUCCCCAUGCCAAGACGGGACUGACCGACACUUUACCUUCAACCACAGAGAUACACCUCUACCCAAUCACCCUGGUAACAAGGACCCCACCAUGGAAGGUCCUUCCUCUGCCAGGGUCAGCCACUUCGGCAGCCCUGCCAUAAAGGCCUCACCCCAGGACACUAUCCAGACCAGCAUCUCCAUGGACCCCACCUCCUUCUUCUCAGCCAAGGGAAGCUCCUUCUCCUUGGGGGAGACCUGGGAGGACCAGAGCUAUGACCGGAGCCUGUCCCAACCUGCCAGCUUCUACAGUACAGAGGGCCAGAGUAAAGGAGGUAUAGCAGGGAGCUACAGUUAUACUGUUAGUGCUACCUCACCUGGACCCCAGGAUCAGCAUGCAGAACAAGCCAGUCCAGGCCAGUUGGACCUUCUCUCAGAGGACUAUGAGGCGGUGGACCAUCGGCUGAAGCUCUUCCUAGAUGUGGAGGUGUUUGAAGAGGAAGAGGAGCUCCACUCCUUUCUCAAGGUGUCGACCGUGAUGUUUGGUGAUCCGGUGGAGUUCCCCUCGUUCCUGGUGGUGUCUGAUCAACGCAUCUACUUCCUGGAAGUGACAUCCGACAUGGAAGGGCAGCCUUGUGAUUGGCUGCAGAAGAGGGACAGCCGUGGAAUCACAGAACUGAGUUACCUGGAGGUGGGACUGGGCUCCCAGAGUAUCCACAUGGAGUUUGAGGACGGGCCUGUGGCCUACACCCUGCUAGUACGGGACAGCGUGCGUUGCAAACGCUUCUUCAGCCUCUUCACAGGAGUGGUGCGUGAGUUGGCUACCAAGUCAGACAGCAAGCUUAAGUCUAUCUCCACCACCAGGCUCAACCCACAGCAUCAUCUCUGGCCCCUAGUGUGUGAAGACAUGCAGACUGAUGUGGAGGACGGCCAGCUACAGUUCUUCUACCUCCUGUCCUUUCUACAUCAAGAAGACUGUGUGACCCCUCUGACAGUGCUGGCCACCCGGGAAACCCUGUACCUGCUCAACGAAGACCACCAAUGGAGCAAGAGCUUGCCCCACCCAUCAGCCAAUGAGAACAGGGAACCCUGCAGUGGGCGGGUCACUGUUCAGGAGACCCAGCCAAUCAGCUGUGUCAGCUCUGUCCAUCUAUGGUCGUCUGACCCGUGCAGAAUGGACAUCAAGCUUUACGAUGAGAUAGUGAAGGAGGAGAAGACGUGGUCGUUGCACUCUGACAGUGCAGAGCUGGUGCAGGGCCUGCUGGUCUGGGUCAGAACACAAUGGGAGAACAUGUUCGGAGUCAAACUCGCCAUCACCAACCUCACCCUACCAGCCUAAGGGAAAACACCCACCCUUCCAACUGUGUGUGUGCGCAUGCCUGAGUGUGAGUGUGGGUCUGUCUGUCUUCACUGUCAGACUUGACCCUCAAUAGGACAGUAUGUUUACCUGGUUUGAAGCCAACUAUGAUUUCCUCAUGUUUGUUCACUUUUACAAAAGCACUGAUCUGUUAACGCCUCAUCUGAAUCCCGUCCAUUUUCUAACCCUGCCAGUAUAGCCAGCCAGGGAGAGUAUAGUCAGCCAGGGAGAGUAUAGUCAGCCAGGGAGAGUAUAGUCAGCCAGGGAGAGUAUAGUCAGCCAGGGAGAGUAUAGUCAGCCGGGGAGAGUAUAGUCAGCCGGGGAGAGUAUAGUCAGCCGGGGAGAGUAUAGCCAGCCGGGGAGAGUAUAGCCAGCCGGGGAGAGUAUAGCCAGCCGGGGAGAGUAUAGCCAGCCGGGGAGAGUAUAGCCAGCCGGGGAGAGUAUAGCCAGCCGGGGAGAGUAUAGCCAGCCAGGGAGAGUAUAGCCAGCCAGGGAGAGUAUAGCCAGCCAGGGAGAGUAUAGCCAGCCAGGGAGAGUAUAGCCAGCCGGGGAGAGUAUAGUCAGCCGGGGAGAGUAUAGUCAGCCAGGGAGAGUAUAGUCAGCCAGGGAGAGUAUAGCCAGCCAGGGAGAGUAUAGCCAGCCAGGGAGAGUAUAGCCAGCCAGGGAGAGUAUAGCCAGCCAGGGAGAGUAUAGCCAGCCAGGGAGAGUAUAGCCAGCCAGGGAGAGUAUAGCCAGCCAGGGAGAGUAUAGCCAGCCAGGGAGAGUAUAGCCAGCCAGGGAGAGUAUAGCCAGCCAGGGAGAGUAUAGCCAGCCAGGGAGAGUGCCUUGUGGUGUUGCCAGUCCUGCUACGUUCUAAUGCACCUUGAAUAUGUGAAAGGGGUGAGGGGGAAUCAUGUGUUUCUUUCAGUGGGGUGAGGACAGGAUAAGGAGGGAGAAAGGGGUGAGGACAGGAUAAGGAGGGAGAAAGGGGUAAGCAAAAAUGUGAGUUGGGGGGUAAUUGUGUGUGUGUUAUGAAGGAGGUUAGUCCAUUCCUCUGAAGCUCAGUGGACUGUGACUUCAUCAGGAGUCCCGGAACUGGAACAGUGAGUCGUGACAUCACACGCUCGGCACAAGGCUCUCUAGCCGUCCCGUGAGGCUCCGCUCCGGACACCUCUGAUGUGACACCUCUUGGUUCUUUUCAAUCAGGGACUUUUGAUGUCUCUAUGCACUGUGAUUAUGUAAAGGAAAAGGGCAACCCAAGUGAAGAGUUGCAGCCAAGGCAAUGAACCAGGACAGUAUCUGUGUUCUGUAUCCUUGGGAAAAGUGCAGAAUACACAUGAUAGGGAAUGUGAAAGGGAAGGGUUCUGACUGACCUGUUUUAAAGUGGGAGAUGUUAGUUGGUUUGUGGCUGUCUGUUAAAAUGUAUAGUCUUAUGCUAAUAUCUCUAGUGCAGUUUAACUAUAUUGUGAAUACUAUUUUUGAUGUAGAAGUGGACGAUAAACAGAUGUGUGUAACUUAAUUUAUUUACCGUCAGCAAAUCAAUGACAAAACUAUAGCUUUUUGUACAUUAAAUAAAAAUGCAUAUCUGUGGUACAAUACAU